UGGACGUAGGGUUGGGUUUUACGAAACAAUGUUAGAAAAAAAAUCGACAGAUUUUAAAGACGUCGAUGAAGUAAAGGCUUUAAAGAGACGAUGGUACAUUUUGGCGGUGUACGUCUAUUAUGCCACUUUUAGCUGUUUCCAAUGGGUCGAGUAUUCGAUAAUCACGAAUGUCGUGAUGAGGUACUACAACGUGAGCGCGAGUACCGUGGACUGGACGGCUGUUAUGUUUAUGAUCGUUUGGCCGAUCUUUGUGUUCCCGUCGUCCUUUUUGAUCGAUAAAUUGGGCUUGAGAUUCGCUGCGUUGGUCGGGUGCUUCUUAACAGCGAUAGGAGCUGCGGUGAAACUUUUCUCCAUAAGCCCGGAUAGAUUUUCGAUCGUGUUGCUGGGCCAGGCCAUAGUAUCCCUGUCUCAGGUGUUUAUCUUAAGUUUGCCGCCCAAGUUGGCUGUGACUUGGUUCAAGCCGAACGAGGUUUCAACAGUGUGCUCUAUCGGAGUAUUUGGCGUGAUGCUGGGAAGCGCCAUGGGCUUCCUAAUACCACCCAUCAUAGUCAAAGACGAUCCUGACAUUUCCCAAAUAGGAGCCAGUUUAAAAGUACUCUGUUGGGGGUUGACGUUGGUCGUGGUGCCUGCUUGCGUCGCAGUCGCCAUUUAUUUUCCACACCAGCCGGCUAACCCGCCAAGCGAAGCUCAAGCCGAGGAAAGGAGACAGGUCGAACUCGUGACCCUGAGAACUUUCUUGAGGUCCGUUAAAGGUUUGCUCAAAAAUAAAGCUUUCGUCAUGCAAAUGUUCGGCUAUGGUAUCUGUUACGGUAUAUUUUCGGCGUUCGGGACUCUGCUGAACCAAUUUAUCCUGUAUUACUUCCCGGGAGCCGCCGAAGAUGCCGGCAGAAUGGGAUUGGUGAUGAUUUUGUCCGGGAUGGUGGGGGGUGUUCUCGUUGGGGUUAUCUUGGACAAAACUCAUAGGUACAAGGAAACGACCUUCGUGAUUUACCUGAUGUCGACGAUAUUCAUCGGCGGUUUGAUAUUCGCCCUCGAACUGAAAUUAAAAUUGCUCAUUUAUUUAGCCAUCGGAUGUUUCGGAUUCUUUCUGAACGCCUACAUCCCCGCGGGAAUAGAAUUCGCGACCGAGUUAACCUACCCGGCCAACGAAAGUACCACGACUAGUCUUAUGACUGCAGUGUCUCAAUUAUUGGGAGUGGCGUUCACCCUCGGCCUGGGAUGGCUCAACGCCGAAUGGGGAACGUUUUGGUCGCUUUCCAUUCAGUCGCUGUUACUCGCUUUGGGCACGGUUCUGACGUCAUUCGUUCCCAAUAGUUUGCGAAGGCAGGCCGCUUUUCAGAAAGCGGUUGAAUUUAAGGAAAUACCGCAGGAGGAGUUGACAAAGAACUGACUUUUAAUGGAAGACAUUAAAAUCAUUGGUGAGACCUGAAGUGUUUAGAAUCAACCGAGUGUUGGUAUAACCUUCUGCUCGAAAGGCGUUGCCAAAUGGAUGUUUGUUCCUUUAAACAUCUGGGCAUUUAUGUAGUUUAAUGCGUAUUUUAGUAAUUUUAAUAUAAUAAGAAAUUAAUAAUAGAAGACAACCGAUAUUCUUCUUUAUAAUUGCGUUUCACACCAAACGGACAGUUGAAGCAGUGAUAUUUAUCCUUUCUCGACACCACAGAUAGUCAGUUGCACCCAUUUUGUUUAAUUCUAAAAAUAUACGUGCAACUUAGUAUUACUUUGUGCUUCCUCAACUAUGGAUUAGUAUCACAAAAUCAAGAAUCAUCUUCUUACGAGUUUAGAGCACUUUAGAGACUGCAUAGAGACACCUUAUUGAUGACUGAUUAAUUGGAAUAUACGUACCUUCUGU